AAAGACCGGCAUUUGAACAAGUAACAUUAAUAUUUCCACAUUUUAAAAUAAACUAAAAAGAAAUCGCGUAAAUUAUUCUCGUUUUUACAUUUACAAAAAAAAAUUAUAUUCGGCAAAGUUUUGUGCUUGAAAUUUUAAGUGAAUUUUCGUGUACGUAACUGAAAUAAACCACAAAAGUACUAUUUUAACAAGGAUAUUAAGACCAAAUAAGUGUACACAUACAAGCAAACGCACACACACACUCAUUGCCAUAAUGUUGUCAUAUAAAGUGCAUAAAGUAUUUGCAACAGUUUUAAUGUUGACAAUUUUAAUAGUUUUUUGUGCACCAACGGAAACAGAAGCAAGACGUGUCAUCUUUUAUACGAAAGCAUCUGUAAAUAAAGGACAAUUAUUUGCGACAUCACCUAAAAUGGAGCCAUGUCCAAAAUGUCAAAUGAGAGAUCAUCGUGGUCGCUGUCGACGUGUAAUAUCAUUUAAGCCCGAUGAAAAAUGUUGAAAACAUUCAUUCCCUGGCAGGAAUUUCUUAUUUAUUAUUUAUUGGAUGGAAUCUCGUAAGACUGUUUAAAAGGCAAUUAAUCAACACAACUGUGUGCAGUAUUAUUACGAUUUAAAUUAUUUUAAAAUUAUGUAGUAUUAAUAAAAUUAAUAUGUAUGUUAUUUUCGUUAGAUAUAAGUUUUUAAUUUAUUUAUAAAUGUAUUAAAAAUUAAAAAAAUAUAUAUAUAUUUUAAUAAAAUGUUG